GUGAGGGUAUCAAUCCUUUCGCUAUGAGCAACGUUGACGUGCAGGAUUAUUUCGGACGAUCGGACGUAGAUGGCGAUUCUGUCCAUAGCUCCAAUGAUUUAACUAUUGAUGAGAGUGACUCCAGUGUCUAUUUCCGUGCCAGUCCGCCACCAGUUUUACCAGAAUCACAGCCAGACAGUGGAAGUGAGAAUGUUCCAAGUCCUUCAACGUCUUAUAUGACUGAAAGUCCUUCCAUUCAUAGUGAAACAGCUGAAGGAAGCAAGUUUAACUUCACUCAAGUGCCUGUAGGCGAAAGCAACACAAGUAUAAAAUCAGAUGCCGAUGACAGUGGUUUAGAAAGAGAGAGCAUCUGCAGCAGCCCUAAAUCAACGGCAAUUGACACCACGACUGAAGACCAAAACCACAACAUUGUAAAGGAGGAGAAUGCUAAAUCAUUGAACAAUGUGGUGAAGCUAUUGCAGGAAAAGAAACAAAAAAAAAAUGGUACAUUAGCUAAAUUGGAAGAUGUCGUACAGAGGAUCAAAGCUAGCAAACAUGAAUAA